CAGCCCUCCACACCCUGCAGCCUCUGGGAAGUUCCUCCGCAUUCCUGCUAAACACACACACACAUACACACACACACACACAUAUAUAUACAUAUAUAUGUGCUGCUGGGAAGAACCACACACUCAGGCUGGGAGUUUGGAGGGGUGUGGGCCUGCUGUAGGACUGGAGACCAGAACCUCAUCAUCAGCGCUCUGUCAGCCUCACCAUGAGUAAGGCAGGAGGUGAUGAAGUUGCUGGCGGCAGCAGCAGUGAAAAAGCCCAGCAGCCGGAGGAUGAGACUCCAAGCGGGAAGGUCCCGAGUAAACUGAGCGCGACCACCACCGGACCAGGCUGGACUAAGGUCAGCUGCCCCUGCUGUGUGUCGGAGCAGGUCGAGCCGUUGGUUCUGGUGAAGCUUGGAGAAAAGGUUCGGCCUGAGACGAAGAGGUGGCUCAUCAAACUGAUUGGAGCUCCUCAGAAAGAUGGAGGUGCUGCAUUGCUGGCCCACCCGGGCGAGGACGCCAGCGGCGACAUCAUUGCGGUCUCCGCCCCACGCUGUACGUUACUACGAGCCACUGAAGAGUUGGGUCUGUGUAAGCCUUACCGCAACGGGGACAUGGAGGCCUUCUCCUACAACGACAGAGACAACUUUAAAGAUUCAGACAAAAUGGAAGUGUUCCUGACUCUGGCAGAGCGACAGUACAUCGUGAAGUAUGAGCUGGACGGUUUGCGAGCUCAGAGGGACCUGAGGAUACCCGGACUGUCUGACAGCUACACGCUGCAACACCGAGACAACAUCUGGCAGAAGCUCGGGUCGGCUCGUGUGAUUGUGGACACGCUUCCCCUCCACAAUCCGGAGCAGCUGAAGAAUCUCAGUGAGGCCUGGUACUGUGGUAAUCAGCUGGCUCAGCCACUGGAUUCGGUCAAUGGUUAUUUCGGAAGCUCUGUGGCUUUCUACUUCAGCUUCCUUGAUUUCUACACCUGGUCUCUACUCCUGCCGGCAAUACUGGGCCUGUCCAUUGCAUACUUCUCAGGUAGGCUCUGUUUUCCCAUCCCAGGUGAGGUUCAGAAGGAGAUGGUGGAUUCCGUCUCUGCUUCAGGGGUCACACAUGUUGAACAUGACUCAGCGGUCAGCGGUCACAUGAUCCUGGCCGUGUUCAGCAUGCUCUGGUCCACUGUGUUCAUGGAGCUGUGGAAACGUAGGAGCUCCUCUCUGUCCUACCGCUGGGGAACCCUGAACCUCGCUGAGCGCUUUGCAGAGCCCCGGCCUGGUUUCCACGGUGAACUUGGGGUCAACCCCGUGACGGGUCGUGUGGAGCCCCUGUUUCCUGAAUGGCAGAGAGACCUGCGUAUGGCACUGGUGUCGGUCCCAGUGGUGGGGCUGUUUCUAGGGCUGGUGGUACUGGGUAUGCUCUGUUUCUACUGGGGAGAGGCCCAAGUGCAGCAGCUCCACAAAGACUGGGACUCCCUUCUGUCUCAGACGUUGCUCUACAUGCCGUCAGUGCUUCACAUCGUCUAUACAAACAUGUUAGCGACUGUUUACAAGACAGUGGCACAGUCUCUGACUGAAUAUGAGAACCACAGAGAAGAGUCAGCCUACGAGAAGCAUCUGACAACCAAAGUUUUGGUGUUCACCUUCUUUAACUACUUUGCCGUGCUCUUCCACAUUGCCUUCUUCAAGCAGGAUGUGCCUUUGCUUCGUAAGCGUCUAGCGUCUUUGCUGAUAGUGACCCAGCUGGUGAACCAGGUGACAGAGGUGGUCAUACCCUUCCUGGUGGACCGGUUCAUCAGUUCCCCCCAAAGGGCAGAGAGUGAAGAUGACCCACAGGAGGACAAAUUUAGGAACCAAAGCAACCUUCCUGCUUUCCCUGGUCUGUUUGCGGAGUACAUCGAGCUCCUGGUGCAGUUUGGGUAUUUGAGUCUUUUCUCCUGUGUGUAUCCUCUGACGGCGGUGCUACUGCUCAUCAACAACCUAACAGAGAUCCGAUCGGACGCCUAUAAGAUCUGCAAACUCUUCCGCAAACCCUUCUUCCCGCCUGUGGCUAACAUGGGCGUGUGGCAGACCGCUUUCGAGGUCCUGAGUUUUGUCUCUGUCGUGUCCAACUGCUGGCUGCUGCUGCUGUCACCACGGUUACAGGAGCUGUGUCAGGAGAAUGGGAUGAGCAGCACAAACAUUCUGCUGUUGGCCGUGUUGGUGGAGCAUGUGCUCAUCUUAGUUAAGCUCAUUUUGGCAGUCCUGAUCCCCGAUGAACCGGACUGGAUCCGAAAGAAGAGAGAGCAUAUUGAGUACACAUCCAUGCAAGCUCUGAAACAGCAGAAGAUACAAUCUGAAGAGUCCUGAUUGUGUUUCAGGACCAUUGACGUGGUGCUUUGUGUCAUGUUGUGCUGGGCUGCUACCAUCAGAAGAUACAGUACCAUCCUCAGUGUUGAGUGGAGCUCUGCAGCAGGGCCCACAGUGCAUCCUGCUGAACCCCCACUGCUCCCUGUGUAUACUUUUAAAGCCUUACUGCUGUGCUCUCUAACUAACAGGGCGCUUCUGCAAUGUACACACUUUGAAAUGCACCUUCAUAUUAUUCUACACGCAGACUGCAAGUGCACUUGAAACAGCAGUUACAGGGUGUUUUAGACAGCAAGUGGAAUGUAUUGGUUAUUUGUACAUAUGCCCUUUAAAAAGAUUGUUGCGGUAAAGGAGGUUUUCACAUUGUUUGUUCAGAUUUAAUGAGAGAAAGCUGAAUAGCUCUGGUAAAAUCAACAUGGCCACAGCAUGUACAGUCAAUAUUUAGUAAGGGACGUACAGGAAAGAGUAUUAUAGUACUCUAUUAUAGUCUUUCAGGAGUGUUUUUGCUCAGCUCUGCCACCUAGUGGUAAGCUACAGCUGGUGUUCAGGAUUCACAACAGGUGGGCUUCACGUGACGUCACGACGCAGCGGCGCAAGGGCGCCAAAUUCAGAUGGAGGGCAGGAAGUGACUGACACACUGAGAAUCUACCCUGUGGAAAAAUACCUGUUUUGUGUAGUUUACCGGUGCUCAAAUCGUCCCAAUAGAGAAAAAGAAAAAAAGUUAUUAUAGGGUACCAAAAGUAGUCACCCACAAAGGAGAGACAUAUAAAAAAACUUACAGGACAACGCUGUAAAUGGUGGAUAUUAAACCUACGUCUGCGGUCGGGAGGAGCAGUCUGCUGAUCCCCGUGUCUGCAGUGACCACUUCGUCAAAGGUAUGUUAGCUAGCUGUAACUUGUGGCUGUGUUUAUAUCAUUAGGUUGUCGCUUAAUGCUCAUUUACAUAGUAAUAAUUAUUGAGUUGCCGGUAGUCUAUUACGGACUUCGUUGGGACUUUUUAGGCUGCCCUAGCGUUUUAGGGGACGUUGACUCAGUAGUCCAAAUGCUAUUUCGCUGUCAUGUCAUACAUUAGUAUUUAUAUGUAGCUGAUAAAUAAACCCCCUUGUAUCCCUGUAAGACGUGUUUGUUGACAUUAUAGCCGCUAUUGCUAGCUGCUAGCUUAUACAUAACCAGUAUAAGAAUAAACACACACCCUGGCAAAGACCAAACGAUAAUCGUCUUGGAGCCGUUUGGUAACAAGGUUGUGGACCCACCCGUUCACAAAAAAAAGUUAUAUGCCUCCAGGCUUUUGUAGGCUUUCAUUUGCUGUUUCGUAUAAUAAGAGGUCUGAAGUUCGAGAUAAUUGGUGAUCUCAACAGCCUCGAUUGUCGGCAAAUCUUUAACGUCCGUUGAAAACUCGCUCACCUUCGUCCAACAUACUGUUUGGUCAAUUGUGUGUAACUCCGCCUCGACACGGGAUCUAAACCCGUACAAUACGGACUCUCUGCUAAUAUUUCCUCCAUUGGCUUUGACAUGUAACUUACUUCCUGCCUUCCAUGUGAAGUUGGAGUGAUUAACAGAACGGUGCAGUUCCCCUCUGCUGAACAUUUUAGCAUCUUUCACCUCUUUGUUUUGGUUUUAUGGCUUGCAACUUUACCGUGAACUAUUUUGGUUAAUGUCUCUUAAGUUUGCUUAGUCUGGAUAAAAACUAAGGUGAAUUAGCUUUUAGUAAUGUGUUGUAGUUAUUAGGGGUGGAGUGCUGGACUGUUUUCUUGGCCUGGUGAGAUAUGACAUGUUAAUUAGUUUAAGAGGCGCUGGUACAGCUGGAAGAUUUUUGUGACCUUUGGGUACAGAUAGGCUAAUUGUUUCCAGUGUUUAAUCGAAGUUAGCCAGCUGCUGGCUAUAGCCGCAGGGCAGUGUGUACUGUACUGAUAUGAGAAUGGUAUCAACCUCUCUGUGAGGAAACAACUAGAAUUUCCCAAACUGUCGAACCACUGAUUUUCAGUAAAUGUUACUGAAGUUCACAUUCAUUUUUAUAUUAACUAUUACAGUUAAUGGCUUACACGGCAAAAGUCAUAUCCUAAUUUUACUUUGAACAAUAAUGUCUAAAUUUAUGAGAAACAAGUUUGUUUCUGAUUGAACAAAAAAAAAAACAUGUUUUACACUAAUUCCACCUCCACUGAUGAUACUGUCCUUUCCUUAUUUUCCCUAAAGUAAUCUCACAAUGGCUAUAGAAACAUGCUUAACAUCAAAUAUAAUCUAUAAAGUUAACACGGUCAGUUGUGUGCCAGGAUAUAAGAUUUGCAUUGAAAGCGAUGGGCAGCAACCAAAGAACUGUUUUCUGCUUUGUUAAUAGAAAUAUAUUAUUUUUUUAAUGUGUGGAUUUUAGUUUUUACUCACUCGCCUAAAAGAGUGACUGCUCAUGUUCACUGUGUUGCAAUAACUAAUUCAUCUUAUACUCUAACAGUUUACAUUGAUGCUCUGAGUGUUAUUUCAUUGUUCACUCUUCACUGACAGAUUAUGACUUAAUAUAAUGAAUAUGCAGAUGAAGCCACUGGGGAAGUCCACCCUUCCUUUCAUACUUGCUGAACAGUGAUGUAUUGUUCAUUAUAUAAGUUAUUGUUCUUAGGAGUUAGUAUUCUUUACAGCCACCAGGAGGCACUGCACACUUCUCAUUUUAUUCAACAUGCAGCUUUUCACAGGCCCUGGUGGCUGAUUCAGCAAAGAGUCAGAUGGAUGGUGAGACGUCCUCAGCUGGCUGCAGUUGUACACUUUCACUCCUGACAUUAAGCAUAAACCUGUGUCUGUGUGUGUGUUUGUGUUUGUGUGUGCGUGCACUGUACUGAGGACUUGUGAUGAGACAAUGAAGAUAAGCUUGUAGAUAAUCUGGUCCUCGGAUCAGGAUUUCCUGUCAGAGACAGAGGUGACAAUGUUUGCUAGUUGUCCUAAAAUAAACACACAGAAGGAAACUGGUUGAUUGUUAAGUUUGUUCUUUCAGAAAAGAAUUUUCAUGUCAUGAAGUCAUGCUGAGCAUUUUACACAUUUACAAAAUACUUGAAUACUAAAAUAAUAUAAAACAAUUGUUAAUUGCAGCUUCAUACUUUACAGGUUAAAGAUACAAUUAUAUAAUGUAAAUACUAAUAUAAUAUUGACAGGAGCCGUUCUGCUGCAUACUAACUAUUGAUAAAGUACAUUUUCAAACCUCUGUAAGUUUAAAUAAGAUUUUGAAUUCAAGCCUUUCACUUCAGAUGGAGUAUUUUCCAUUGUGGUACUGCAGCUUGUACUAAAGACUCUGAAUACUUUUCACACCAUGAUUGAAGUGCAGUAUUAUUACAGUUCUCUGGCCCACAGUGUGUUGGGAAUUUAGUCAGUGCACGUUGUUAUUCAGCUUCCUUCAUCCUCACAUCCUGCUCAUUAUCAUGUAUCAGAGUAGCAUCUCCUGAGGUCCUGAAGGUGGAGAAGGAUGGGUGGAUUAAUACACUGUGGGGCAGUGGUGGAAGAAAUACUCAGAAGCACCAGUACAUACUAUUUUAUGCUCUUUUAAAAUGAAAGUCUGGAGGUAGAGAAGGUGUGUUAAUCGCAGGGUUGGCAGAUUAACCCCCAAAUGUUUACGGGUCCUUGAGCUUUAACAGUACAAAGCAUUUUAUACAUUUAUCAUAUGUCUACAUCUUUACUUGAGAAGUAACUGAUGAAUAAUUGUAAUGGAGUGAUAUUAAUAUUAAUGUUUCCUCUGAAGUAAGGUGGAGUACAUGUACAAAGCUUUGUGAAGACCAG